AUGGCUACCCCCAGUGUCCUUACCUUUGAUGCUGAGGGUCGUACUGUUGACUUUGAGGUCUGGGUCGAUGACCUCCAGCUGUUUCUCCAGUGUGAUAGGGCAGACGGACUCUCCCUGUUCGAACUCACCUCUGGUGCCUCUCCUGCCCCGCCUGCUACUACUGACAGCACUGCUCGCUCACAGUGGGCCACACGCGAUGCUGCUGCCCGUCUUGCUGUGCGUCGCCACUUACCGACCACUGAGCGUGCGCACUUUAGCCAGUACAAGAGUGCUAAGACCUUGGACCACUUCCUCUCAGUUUGCCCCACCACACUCACCGUUGACCUCCUCGAGGAGCGCCUCCUAGCAGCAGAGAAGAGCAUAGUCGCUGUAGGAGCCUCUCGUGGCGACCCUCGCACCCCCGUCUUUGAGGGGUGUUCCCCCUCCCCCCUCUUGCCCUCUGUUGCUUCUACUGCUGCGGCCGACCUCGUUGGUUUCGAGUCGGUCGGCGCUGCGUCUGCCCCUAGCGGGAGACGCCACACCGGCAAGGGCAAGGGGGGCAAGGGCGCUGGAGGGGCUGGCGGGGGCGGUGGGGGUGGUGGUGGAGGCAGUGGAGGGGGUGGGGGUGGUGGUGGGAGUGGUGGCGGGGGUGGAGGUGUCGGUGGCAACAAUGGAGGCGGAGGAGGCGGCGGCGGUGGCGGAGGGAGCGGAGGCGGCGGAGGUGGCGGAGGCGGCGGAGGCAGCGGUGGAGCUGGUUGCGGCUCUGCGCAGAGGAGUGGCUCCGGUGGUGGUCCGCGCCAGCAGCAGCAGCGCACUCGUGAGACCCCGUCCCCCCAGCAGCUUCGUGAGUGGUACACUGGGCGUCAGCGAGGUGGGGGUACUGGUCCCUGCACCUACGUCCUCCGUACCGGCGACCGCGCUGGUGAGCAGUGCGGGGGCCCGCACUCCACCCAGCGCUGCUUCGGCCGCCUGACGGACAUGUGGCCUCACCAGUUCCUUGACGCCACUGAGAUCCCUCGCUGGGGAGAGCUGUCUAGGGCGGGGGUUGCUAUCUUUGAUUUUGAUUAUGAUGCUAUUCUUGCUGCCAUGUAUGCUGUGUCUACUAGUGAUGAGGGUGACUGUUACAUGUGUGUUCUGCCUGACCCGGGCAUUGAGGCUGCUACUCUAGGUGCUGGUGAGGCUGCUGCUCUAGGUGCUAGUGCGUCUGCUGCCCCAAGUGCUGGUGAGUCUGCUCUCUCAGGUACCACGUCGGCUCAGGCCUUACACACCCUUGACUCGGGUGCUUCCCGCUCCUUUCGAGACCGCACCACGCUUACGCCGCUUGGUCGGCCGGUUGCGGUCUCCCUGGCGGAUCCCUCUGAGGGUCCUGUCCUUGCUAGCUUCUCCACCGUCUUACCGUGCCCGGCAGCCCCCUCUGGCACCCUGUCAGGUCUCUACCUCCCCUCGUUCUCUACGAACUUGGUGAGUGGAGCUGAUCUACAGGAUAGGGGGGUUGACCAGUUCGCUCCUGCGAGUCAGCGCGUGACCCACUGUACGUGUGCUCGGACGGGCCGACACUUGGCCACAUUCACCCGUCGGCCGGGGUCGAGCCUACUCUCCUCUGGCACCACCGCCUUGGUCACCUCUCUCUGCCUCGUCUCCGAGGCAUGGCCUCCCGUGUUCUUGUAUCUGGUCUCCCCCGGUCCCUACCUCCCCUACCUCCGGGGCCUGCCUCUACCUGCGUUCCCUUGUGUCGAGGGGAGACAGCGCGCCGCCCCUCACUCCUCCGAGUUUCCUCCGACAAAGGCUCCGCUGCAGACUCUUCACAUGGACGUGUGUGGCCCCGCCCGCGUCCGUGGCCAGGGUCACGAGCGUUACUUCCUGUUGGUGGUUGACGACUACUCGCGUUACACCACAGGGUUCCCCUUGCGCAGCAAGGGUGACGUCGCUGAGGUGUUGAUCGACUGGAUCCUUGCAGCUCGUCUCCAGCUCAGAGAGAGUUUCGGCUCGGACUUUCCUGUUCUGCGUCUGCACUCUGACAGAGGCGGGGAGUUUUCCUCUGCCCGUCUGGGAGCCUUCUGUCGUGCACAGGGCAUCCGCCAGACGUUCACGCUUCCGGCCUCUCCACAGCAAAAUGGGAUUGCUGAGCGCCGCAUUGGCAUGGUCAUGGACGUCGCUCGUACGUCCAUGAUCCAUGCGGCUGCCCCCCAUUUUCUGUGGCCGUUUGCAGCGCAUCAGCUCAACCUUCAGCCCCGGGUCUCCUUGCCAGAGACCUCCCCCACCUUGCGGUGGACGGGGAAGGUUGGCGAUGCGUCUGCGUUUCGGGUCUGGGGAUCUCGGGCGUUUGUCCGCGACUUGUCUGCGGACAAGCUGUCCCCCCGUGCUGUUCCCUGCGUCUUCCUUGGCUUCCCCCCUGACGCGCCUGGGUGGCAGUUUUACCACCCCACCUCGCGCCGUGUGUCCCAGGUAGACGCAGUCGAGCCUGUCGAGGUCGCUGCUGACUCUGGUGCUGCUAGAGGUGCUGAGCCUGCGGGUGCCGGGUCUGGAGGUGCUGAGCCUGGGAGUGCGGAGCCUGGGGGUGCUGAGUCUAGGGGUGCGGAGCCUGGGGGUGCUGAGCCUGGGGGUGCUGAGUCUGGUGGUGCUGAGCCUGGGGGUGCUGAGUCUGGGGGUGCUGAGCCUGGGGGUGCUGAGCCUGGGGGUGCGGAGCCUGGGGGUGCUGGGUCUGCUCGUAGCCGUGCUGCUGGAGCUGGAAGUACUACUGUUGCUGCUGGUCCCGGAGGUGUUCGUACUGGAGGUACUGGAGCUGCUAGGACUGGGGGUGCUGCUCGGGCUGCUGGAGUUGGUCCUGCUGGAGGUACUAAUGGAGCUGCCGGCGGUACUGGAGCUGCUGGUCCUGCUGGCGUUGGUGCUGCUGGAGCUGCUGGAGCUGCUGGGGGUGUUGGCGCUGGUGGUUCUGCUGGCGCUGGUGCGUCUGAGGGUGCUGGAGUUGGCGCUGUUGGAGCUGGAGGUGCUGCUGGCGCUGGUGCUGCCACUGAGGCUACUGGUGCUGUCCCUGCUGGUUCUGGAGGCGCUGCGCGGCCGAGGCCGUACUUCGUUCCGCUCCUUGAGCAGCGUCGUGAGCCUGCGUCUCGUCCUGUGUCGCUUGUUCGUGCUGCUCGCACUAGUGGUCGUGCUUCGCGUCCGCGUCCUCCUGCGGUCCCAGGCACACACCAGAUGGCACUGCGUCCUUCCACUGCUCCUCUGCGUGUCCCGUUGCCGUCUCCUCCAGAGUCCUCUCUUCCUGUUCUUGAUGACCCGGAGUCUGACUCUCUUCGUGCUGCCAGUCCUACUGUCACGCGUCUCCUGGCUACUGUUGUUAGUGACCCUUCCUUUGAGUCCGGUGCUGCGUCUGCCCUAGUUGCUGAGCUUGUCGACUUUGCUGCUCGCUGUCGUCUCGACUACUCUGCUAGUCUUGUUCCUGAGUCUGAGUCUGACUUUCCUCCGUCCGUCGGGGACAUCCCGACUCCUCGAUCGUACGCGGAGGCGAUCGAGGGUCCCUACUAUUCACAGUGGCAGUUAGCUAUGGACGCAGAGAUGGCUUCCUGGAAGUCCACAGGCACCUACGUCGACGAGGUUCCCCCACCUGGGGCGAACAUCGUCAGUGGCAUGUGGAUUUUCAGGGUGAAGCGGCCGCCGGGUUCUCCGCCUGUCUUCAAGGCGCGUUACGUGGCUUGA